AUGUCACUGUCAGUUUCUCUGCUUGAAAUGCCUGAUGUCGUGAUGGCGAUAAUUUUGAGAAAUGCUGAUCUUCGAUCGAUACUAAUUCUUCGAAAAGUUUGUCGAGGACUGCGGGAGUUCAUUGACAUUAACAAGCCAGAAACUCAUCUUGAUUUUGUGAGAAUAUCUGUUAAUACUGAGUCUAUCAAAUUGGAUAUGCCAUUCGAUAGUGUGAAGUAUCAGAAAAACGAAGGAGGUUGUUGGAUUUCUGGACGAAAAUCGAGAAGGAAACUAUUGAAAAACUUGGAUUUUAUGUCAGUUUUCCUGGACGAUUUCAAGAUUAUCAUGAAAAAUCAAAAGUCUGCUGUUGGAAACUUUCAAGUGCAUUUCCACCUGUUCAAGGACCAUGAUUUUCGAAACGAGGAGCUGCUUGAAACCAAGUUUCUCGAGAUGUGGAGACAAAGUGUGCAACAAUGGAGACAUCUGAUUCCUGUCAAAGAGUUAAUCAUGAGCACUGUAUCAAAACAAGAAGUUAUGUCAGUGCUUCCGUACCUUGACUCUGAGUUUCUAGAAUCUAUUGACAUGUUUGAUGCGAGAUAUGUGGAAAGCUUUCCAAUUGAUAUUGACAGUAUAACACAAUUGAAACAGUGGAAAAACUUGAAGACAUUGAAGAUGAACCACUUGAUAGUUUCUUGUCCGCUGGAACAAUUCUCUCAUUUUUCGACAGUUUCUAUUUUUCGAACAAGUCUUACUGGAGAAGAACUGACCGAGUUGAAGGAGGUUUUCUCCAUAUCAACUACACUGACAUCCAUGGAGCUAACUUAUAGUUCCAUCAACAAAACCGAAAUAUGUGAUCAACUUGGUCAACCUUGUGGAACUCAUGAUGAAAUGACAAGAAACAGAAAAACAUGGGAGACUGGAUUGCCUCAUAGCACCUUGCAAAUCUCCUUGGUUCGGAAAGAGAAAAAUUAUGUUUUUCGUCUUCAGAAAUUUCCACAACCGGAAGCUGUGAAAUGUCCUGCAGAUAAAUGA